UUCACGAAUACCGCUUCUUGUAUGCCAUUAUGUAUCUAUAUAUAGAUUUAGCUCUCAUUAUCAAACAUCCUUAGGCAUUUCUUAUGAAGCAUGUUUGUUUUGACAUUCAAAUGGGCCAUUUAAGUCCAGAGCUUUCUUACUGUAUUUUUUUUAAACUCGCUCCCAUCUCUUAUUUUUCUCUAGGUCUGUGCAGUGUUACCCGAUACGAAGUGCUGAGAUGCUUUUUCACCAAGGGAGACGCCAACCAAACCGUGGAUGAUCUCGCGAAGAGUAAGGAGGGAUUACCGUCGCCGAAUCACCCUCCAAAUCUGGAAAAUGGGACGCUUUGGACAGAUUAGUCGGUCACAGGCGGGAUUGGCGCCAGUGCUUGCGGCGAUCAUUCUGAUAGCGACCUGGUUAAUACUGACUCGUAUCGCCUGGAUACACUUUGGAGAUUCAGAAGAUGACUUGGAGGGAAAACAGAGAGAGAGUGAGGAUAAAAGACAGGAUUCGAUAUCAGAUUGGAAGAGGAAACAGAAGGGUACUAUUACACAGUCUGAAGCGUGGGAUAUGUACAAAGUAGGAUGUUAUACAUACAUGGCGAGCGGUGAGAUUGACCUGCUAACGAAUCAUAAAGCAUUGCGUGCUUUGGAAUGCAAACAAAGGUUACCCCAGGCACUUGUCAUUGGGGUCAGAGGUUGUGAUUCGUUUAUUCUUACUAAAAUACUGGGACUUCAUCCAUCCGUAAUUUCGCAUUCGGAGUCACACCUCGAGCCGAGCAUUGACUUGGAUAGUCAGAUUUCUAAGUGGAGGCGUAAGCAGCCAUUCUCAUCACGAUUUCAAAUGACAGUCGAGCAUUCUCCCGCGUACGCCGAUGAUCACGAUCUAUUAGAGGGCGCAAUUCAACAAGCAGCUUCUGGGAUCAAGGUGGUGAUCGUGAUUCGAGACCCAGUCGCUAGAAUAAUAUCAGAAAUUGCUAGUACACAUAGAGGUGUUUUAAACCUCACUCUGCAUUCCAUGCAGCCCACUGUCUUCCAGAAUCCAAAUGAAACAAUAUCUAAUGAAGAAAUGAUUCCCUAUAAUCACCAGGAUAAUUCAGUGACUGUUGAAAACACCUUGAUAGAUCGCUAUAACCGAGUAAAUGCUGACUCCUCGUUAAUCCAAGCAGGAGUCUACUAUCAUACCAUCAAGAAACUGCAAACACUUUUUGAUGGUAACGGAAAUUAUCUAGUCAUUGACAGAGACGACUUCGUACAUCAACCUCUUCAGACUUUAGCAAGAUUAGAAACGUUUCUCGGCAUUAAACAAUUCUUCCGCAAUGAACAUUUUGAAUUCCAUGACCAAGAUGGGCGUUAUUGUGUGAACGUUGAGAGGAGACCCGAUACACACUGUGUUUACGAAAUGUCACAGCGCCAUCUCCCGAUUGUAGAUGAAAAUAUAAUUGAAAAACUGAAGCAGUAUUAUGACGAGUAUGACCUGAAACUGGCAGGUCUGCUCCAACGUAAUUUUUCUUGGAUGCAAUAAAUUACGACUCGUAACAAAAUACAUCAAACAUUGACAACAAUCAUUGUUGUUCUGCAUGUUCCUAGGAAUAUCGAUGUGAGGAGAUUUGAGUAUAAGUAACCAAAGAUGAUAGCAAGAAUUGCACCAUGAAAUGAAGAAAAGAUAUCGGACAUGUUAGAUUCAUAUAUUUUAUUAUACUGUAUAGGCAGUAAUAUAUCUGUAUUUGAAAACAUUGUGUUUGACUUGACUUGAUUAAUAGUAUCAAUUGUCCUCUCCGAUGGUGUUAAAGAUCAUGUUAAGGUUCAGUGUGCAAUAUAAUUCUUUAUCUUUCUUUCACUUAAAAUUGAGUAUUAAACAUUCCAUUCCAAAGGUGAGUAAAAGAUGUUCUUUCUUAUUCUUUUCUUUCGGUCUGUGGACGACAGGGUAGAGGAUAUAGACCUACAUACAUUAGCGGUACCAGGGGGGGGGGGGACAUGGAGGUAUUUUACAGUGGCGGUACCAUGGGGGAGGGGGCAUUUGUUCCCCCCCCCCCAGUCAGGAGCGUCCUCGAAACAUUUUGAAAACCUGAGAAAAAAUGUAUAGUAAAUGCGCCUCCGCUCCUCCCCCACUUGCCCCCCCCCCCCCCCCCCCCAUUUUGAAAUCCUGGUGAGACCCACUGCCUACAAAACACAACAUAAAUGUAACAUAAAGUGAACAAGUGCCCUCCAGAUUCUUGUCGAUACCGUUGUCAUGAACAUAGACUCCAUGAAAUAAACGUUUUGAGACAAGGAAAUAGAGAAAGAAAGAAAGAAAGAAAGAGAGAGAGAGCGGGAGAGAGAGAGUCUGGAAAGUAAGGGGUGAGAUUGAAUGACAGAGAGACGUAUACGAGAGAGUCUAGUAAAGGCCCGGUCACAUUGCCUUUAUGCAAAGAGGACGUAUAGCGUAAAAAAAUCUUGUCAUCCGUUCAGUGGCGUAACUACAGGGAUGGGCAUGGGGACACGUGCCCCCCCCCCUAUCGGCUGGCCAAAAAAACGGGGAAAAGGAGGAAAAGAUGAAGAAAGGAAGAGAAACGUAGUGAGAAAGAAUAAAUUAUUGUUCAUUAUAAUGUUAUAUUAUAUUAUAAUUAUGUUAUGCUAUAUUACAUAAUAUAAGAAACAUUUUUUUUUCAUAACUUUAUGCAACAUAAUUCGCUCAGGGCCUAUGUCUUCAUUGUUCCUGGUGCUCGCAUUGUCUGUUUAACGAGAUAUAUAAUCCUAAUGUAGUAAAACCUGUUUUCAAGUCAAUACACACCAAAUAUAUUUCCUCGCACUUCGAGUUAUCAUUGUUUUAUGUAGUGACAUUUGCUUCUUUUUCAUGCCCCAUUUUAAGGUUUUAAUAUAAAGCAUUUCCUGUCCGUGCUUACGUUCGCAUUAGAGGGUUGGUGAGAUUCCUACAAUCAGUCCUUAAAAAUGUCCCUUUUUCUGAUCCUAAUAUCAAAUAUUUUCAGCACGUGCAUCGCGCUCGCAUCAUUUUGUAAGUGAAAUAUGUAUGGUCUUAGUGAAUUCCUAGGAACAAGCCUUAGAAUGCCCCUCUCCAGGUCUUCGCAAUAUUUGAUUAGUGAGAUGCGUAUGUUAACCCUAAACGGACUGGGGACCUUGGUGGCCACUCCCUCAACGCUUCGCGUGAUAUUUCAGAAACAAAAAAGAUAACGCCGCAAAAUUUUAAGGCCUUUUUUUUAAGGUCUCGCGCAACUUUUGAGACCAAAUUUGCGACAUACGGGUAUAGCAUAGCGACGCCACGUGACUUUGUACGAGACGAUGUCAUGCCGAAAAUGGCUAAUUUUUAUACUUUGUGUACAAAAUCUGUGGGAGAUGAAAUUCAUAAGGGGUGAUUAUUUUUUAUUCUAACUGGUCUGCUUAGAGUUUAUUUAGUUGUUAAAUGGUCUGUAAUAAUUUCCAUUGAAAAAACAAUGAAAAACACAAUAUAAAAACAUGGAAAUACAUGGGAAAUAAAAAAAAACAAAGAAAUGCAUAAGGCAAAAAUUCACUUUCGCAAUCUUUCUUUGUAGAAACCUUAGAAUAAGACCAAAAAGAUGACAUCUGGAAACAAAUUUAAGUGAAAUUGGGUGUUAAAUAUGCAAAUAAUGUUUUUCACGGAUAUAUCUGCAUAUUCUAUUUAUAAUAUAUAAAAAAAAAUAAUUUUCAGAUUUUUUUUGUACUGGCUUGUAGUUUAUCUGGAAAAGAAUGUGCGUGCCAAAUUUCGACGCGAACGGCGGCCGAGAUCAGAAGGGGGGCAUCAAUACAUCUCAAAUAGCCCAGUCCUUUAAGGGUUAAUCAUAAUUACAAUGACUACAAGUGCUUCAUGUGUUUAAAAGUAAUUCUAACAAAAUCAGCAAGAGCUUGGCACUCGCAUUAGAUGACUAUGGUGAGAUAUGUAUACUUUUAAUGGAUUCCUAAAAUAUAAUUCCUAAAAUGUCCCUGUUUGGGGUCAAUAUAUAUUAAAAUUUCAACUCGCGCUUCGCUUUCGUAUUGUUUGUUUAGCGAGACAGGUACGUAUCAUGUUUAC